AUGGGCCAGACGAAGUAUCUUGCACCGGCUGUGAUGUAUGAGCUGGAGAUAGAGCCUGUGUAUAAUCUGGGCAUCCAGUCCCUGCUGUCUAUUGGGGGUGCUGGGGCUGGCACAUAUGCGACACCUGAAGAGGCAUGUAUCAAUACCUUCAGGGAAGCCUACCGGGCGCAGCAGGCCCUUCUGUAUGUACCGAACAUCAACCGCUGGUGGGAAUGGGCCACUCCGGUGCUCAAGCAGGUGUUCAUGACGAUGCUACGAGAUGCCCCACCCGCUAGUCAGCUUUUUGUGAUGGCCACGUGCGAUGAGGGCGCCCAGGCCAUGCCUUACAAGUGUAUGGAGCUAUUCGGCAGUCAUCAAACGGUGUCCGUUGCUCCUCUGAACACUCGUGACCCCUUCGUGGCGUACUUUGCCGACCUUAAAGAAAUGGCACAAGCUCCGGUGUACUUGGUAUGUCUUACGCGGAUAUUUAAUUAA